AUGUCAGACUUCGACAAGGAGCCACGAGUCUCUCUGAUCACUCCGACCUCCGCUGGUGACAAUCGCAGGAGGACUUCUGUUACUUCGAUAUUGGCGUCAGGCUUUGAGACAGCAAACAUCGCCACCAAGCCCGACCACGGACAGCCUGGAGGCAACAGCACGACAUUUGCAUCAGAAGGCUUGACUUCUUUCUACAAGCCUGCAGACCACUGGGAGGGAUUGCAUCGAUAUGACCCAGACUUUGCUUGGGAGCCAGCUGAGGAGAAGGCUCUGGUCCGAAAGAUCGAUUGGAGAAUUUGUACAUUUGCAUGCUUGAUGUUCUUCGCUCUUCAGCUGGAUCGUGGCAACAUCUCUCAGGCAUUGAGCGACAAUCUACUCCCCGAUCUUGGCAUGAACACCAACGAUUACAAUAAUGGACAGACCAUCUUUUUUUGCUCAUUUCUGUUUGCUGAACUGCCUUCGCAAAUGAUAUCGAAAAGACUGGGUCCUGAUAGGUGGAUUCCGAUACAGAUGGUCUCGUGGUCGUUCGUCGCCAGUAUGCAAGUCUUCCUCAGCGGCAGAACUUCGUACUUCAUCUGCCGAUCUCUGCUCGGAUUGAUCGAAGGUGGCUUCAUUCCAGACACAAUCCUCUAUUUGUCAUAUUACUACACGUCCAAGGAACUGCCUCGACGACUGUCGUUCUUCUGGGUGGCUUAUCAAUCAACACAAAUCGUUUCAGCCUUCCUAGCUUACGGGAUCUUGCGAAUGCGCGGUAUCAAUGGGCUCGCAGGAUGGCAGUGUCUUUUCGCUUUAGAAGGCAUGCUCACUAGUCUCAUCGGUAUCCUCGCCUGGUUCUACUUGCCUGCAAGUCCUUAUGACACCGCCAGCUGGUUCCGCGGCAAGAAUGGUUGGUUCAGCGUCCGUGAGGAGACCAUCAUCGCCAACAGGGUUAUUUGUGAUGAUCCCUCCAAGGGCGACAUGAACAACCGUGAAGGCCUCUCGCUGUCCAUGCUUUGGAGGUGUCUCACAGAUAAGCACAUGUGGCCGGUCUACCUCAUUGGACUCAGUUGGGGAAUACCAACCCAACCCCCAACGGCCUACCUCACACUUAAUCUCAAGGCACUUGGCUUUGGCACAUUCGAGACAAACUUAUUGACCAUUCCGGCAUACGUGCUCUUCAUCGUACAAUUGCUCUUCUGGACCUGGCUAUCCGAAAAGAUCAACCAGCGCUUUGUGCUUGGCGUUCUUGGACAGCUCUACGCACUUCCGCUGCUGAUCGCUCUCGAGAUUCUUCCAGCAGAUAGCAGUCACUGGGGCAAAUGGGUCAUCGCGACGAUGCUUGUUGGACAUCCUUACAUUCACGCAAUCCUGGUCGCUAUCACAAGCCGGAAUGCUGGAACCGUGAGAACAAGAACUGUAGCCUCGGCAUUAUACAACAUGUCUGUGCAAACGUCGAGCAUCAUAUCUUCGCAGAUCUACCGAGAAAAAGACAAGCCACUGUAUCGAAAGGGAAAUGCUGCCCUGAUCGCAGUGUGCAUAUUCAACAUGGCUCUCUUCGUUGCAGCCAAGAUGUUCUACGUUGAAGUGAACAGGCGACGCGAUCAGACUUGGAAUGCAUUAACUACCGAGGAGAAAGAAGACUACCUCAGCACCACCAAAGACCAAGGCAACAGGAGGUUGGACUUCCGAUUCGCACAUUGA